GUCCUAUAAGCCCCCAUCGGUGAAAGAGGGUGGGGGAGUAUAGAACUUUAGAAGUACGUAUUUACACACGCACACAACUGAAGUGUGCAGUAGGUUAAUCGGUUAUCUGUUGCUGUCACCUAGUCCUAAGUCCGACGCGUCCGAUUAUAAACGGCCCGACCGUCUGUUUCUGACUCGUGAGUGCGUACGUGAAUUGCCACAAGGAUGAUGGGGAAAUUAGCAGGUCGCACUGUGUUCAUAACAGGAGCCAGUCGAGGUAUUGGGAAAGCCAUAGCUCUGCGUGCUGCCCAAGACGGGGCAAAUGUUGUGAUUGCUGCUAAAACUGCCGAGCCACAUCCCAAGCUCCCUGGAACUAUUUAUACAGCUGCCAAGGAAGUUGAAGCUGCUGGUGGGAAAUGCCUUCCGUGUAUAGUUGAUGUGAGGGAGGAAAAGCAGGUAGCUGCAGCUGUUGAGGCUGCUGUGAAGACUUUUGGAGGCAUUGAUAUACUUGUAAACAAUGCCAGUGCUAUAUCCCUUACGGGCACUUUGGAGACGGAAAUGAAAAGAUAUGAUCUUAUGCAGAAUAUUAACACACGAGGAACCUUUUUGGUGUCCAAGAUUUGCUUACCUUACUUAAAAAAGAGCUCAAAUCCUCACAUUCUGAAUCUUAGUCCUCCCCUGAACAUGUCAAAAUUCUGGUUCAAAAACCAUGUUGCCUAUACUAUGGCGAAGUAUGGCAUGUCUAUGUGUGUCCUUGGAAUGGCAGAAGAAUUUGCUGCUGAUGGCAUUGCUGUUAAUGCCCUGUGGCCUAGAACUGCGAUACACACAGCAGCAAUUGAAAUGCUAACAGGACCAGACUCAGCUCGAGUCUCUCGUAAGCCUGAAAUCAUGUCUGAUGCUGCUUAUUACAUCUUGACCAAACCGUCUAGGUCAUGCUCUGGCAAUUUUUUCAUUGAUGAUGAGGUCUUAAAGGCUGAAGGCAUAACUGAUCUGACAAAGUAUGCCUGUGAUCCAAGCUAUGCCGAUAAGUUGAUGCCUGACUUCUUCCUUGAUGAUGAAAUAACUCCAAAUGCACCUGUUGCGAAAGGAGGAGCAUCUAGCAUUGCAAAUAUUUUUGUCAAUAUUCAAAAGCAAAUUAGUCCUGACCUAGUUAAAAAGGUGCAAGGUGUAUACCUGUUUCAAGUCACAGGAGCCGAAGAAGGGCUGUGGCAUCUCGACCUCAAGAAUGGAAAUGGAUCAACAGGGAAAGGUAAACCCGAGGCAACACCUGACUGCACACUAUCAAUGGACUCAAAGAAUUUCUUUGAUAUGUUUUCAGGAAAAUUGAAACCAUCAGCUGCUUUUAUGACAGGAAAGCUGAAAAUAACCGGCAAUUUGCAAACUGCAAUGAAAUUAGAAAAGCUUAUGAGCUCCUUAAAAUCAAAAAUGUAAAUGGUCAAGAUCCCAAUUUUUGUGUGUUGAAAUUGAGUUAUUCUCAAAAGUGUGGAUAUGCGAUUAAUCUACCGGUAUCAGUAUUUUUCACAAAUAUUUUUUUCACCGGGAAAUGUAUUUACAAUGUAUGAAAGUAUACCAUAUCUUCAAUAUGUUUGUGCAUAAGGUAGAUAAAAUGAACUCUUUAUAACAUCCUAAUAUUUUCGAGAUCAGAGAAACUAUUUUAACCGCCUGGUAAAGAGUUUUAUUUUAUAAGUUUUAUACUUUAUUACAAAUUUUUCAAAUAUAAAUUUAUACAUGUUAA